AGCCCAGAACAAAACCCCCGCCUUUCGUAAAAUUGCACCAGACUCCGUCCUUCCCCUACCAAUUCACCAGCUUUCCCCCUUGUAGAAAUACACAGAUUCACAGCAGAGGUCUGAAUGAUAGUUUUUACUUCUUGUACUGAUCCAAGUGUUUAAGAUUGUCAUCCAUCUUUCAAUGCCUUUUCUCAUUCUAUAAAUAGAGAUCCCAGAACCAGAGAAUACUUCAAGCUAAUGCAGCAAAAGGGUCGAGCCCAAAACCGUAGAUCAAGGACUUUUUCUAGGUCUCGCACUGCCAUUGAGGGUUGUUAAGUCAUUUUGUUCACAUCUCUUCUCGUUUUUCCCGCAUUUCAUCGUCCUAAUAAGUACAACAAAUUUAUUCAAUCAAGAAACCGUCAGAAUUCCGAUCAUGGCAGCUGUUGAAGGACAAGAGCGCGAGGUGCAGAAGAGUUACUGGAUUGAGCACACUACUGAUCUCACUGUAGAGGCAAUGAUGCUUGAUUCCAUGGCUGCUGAUCUUGACAAAGAAGAGCGCCCUGAGGUGCUAUCGCUAUUACCACCAUACGAAGGAAAAUCAGUUCUGGAGCUAGGAGCUGGAAUUGGCCGUUUCACUGGUGAAUUAGCAAAAAAAGCUGGUCAAAUUGUUGCUUUAGAUUUCAUUGAAGGUGCAAUAAAGAAGAAUGAAAGCAUUAAUGGGAAUCUUAAGAACACCAAGUUUAUUUGUGCUGAUGUGACGUCCCCAGAGUUGUACUUCUCAGCAGAGUCGAUGGACUUAAUUUUUUCAAACUGGCUAUUGAUGUAUCUCUCUGAUGAAGAGGUUGUGGCACUAGCAAAGAAGAUGGUUGGAUGGCUGAAAGUUGGUGGGCACAUUUUCUUUAGAGAGUCAUGUUUCCACCAAUCUGGAGAUCACAAAAGGAAGAAGAACCCAACUCAUUAUCGUGAGCCCAGAUUUUAUACCAAGGUUUUUAAAGAAUGUCACUUCAAUGAUGGCUCUGGGAAUUCUUUUGAACUUGCUCUUGUUUGCUGCAAAUGCAUUGGAGCUUAUGUAAGGAACAAAAAAAAUCAGAACCAGAUAUGCUGGAUGUGGAAGAAGGUACGUUCAGAGGAUGAUAGGGGAUUUCAGCGUUUCUUGGACAAUGUGCAAUAUAAGUCUAGUGGGAUUCUCCGCUAUGAACGUGUCUUUGGACCAGGAUUUGUCAGCACUGGAGGGAUUGACACAACAAGAGAAUUUGUUGGCAAACUGGAUCUUCGACCUGGACAAAAAGUUCUGGAUGUUGGUUGUGGUAUUGGUGGAGGUGACUUUUACAUGGCUGAAAAGUAUGAUGUUCAUGUUGUUGGCAUUGAUCUCUCAAUCAACAUGGUUUCUCUUGCUCUGGAACGCGCUAUUGGCCUCAGAUAUUCUGUUGAAUUUGAGGUUGCUGAUUGCACCAAGAAAACAUAUCCUGACGGCUCAUUUGAUGUUAUUUACAGCAGGGAUACUAUUCUGCACAUUCAGGACAAACCUGCACUCUUCAAAUCCUUUUACAAAUGGCUGAAGCCUGGAGGCACUGUCCUAAUUAGUGACUACUGCAAAAGAGCUGGACCUCCUUCAGAUGACUUUGUCAAGUAUAUCAAGCAAAGAGGCUAUGAUCUGCAUGACGUGGAAGCAUAUGGCCAGAUGCUAAAAGAUGCUGGUUUUGAUGAGGUCAUUGCUGAGGAUCGAACUCAUCAGUUCAUAAAUGUUCUUCAGAAGGAACUAGAAUUGGUGGAGAAGGAUAGAGAAGCAUUCAUCUGUGACUUUUCUGAAGAAGACUACAAUGAUAUAGUUGGUGGUUGGAAGGCCAAGUUACUCAGGAGUUCAUCUGGUGAGCAGAGGUGGGGUUUGUUCAUUGCCAAGAAGAAUUAGACUUUCUUGCGCAAUCUUGCACCGUGUCAUCUGCAACUAUCAUUCUGCAUGUUGAUGAAGUCUUUGAAUGUUUUUUUUUUGUCUGUAACUUACCUAUGUGGUAACAUGGGUAUAGUGAAUUCUGUUCUCUUAUAACCUGUGCUUCUAUCAUGUCAGAUGGUAUUCCCACUGUAAUAAGGGGUGACUUUCUCUAUCGCUUAAUGAGAUUUCAUUUGAUCUUUGGCAUUAUUGUCAA